UACAGUCUUUUGACUCUCUCUCUCCCCCCCAAGCUUCCUUCAGAUAAAUCCAAACUCUCUCUAAAAAAGAAACUAGAAAACCAGAGCUUGAAGCUCUCUACCUCUCUAAUGGCCGCUCUCCAACGCUAAAGACUCCUCCUCUCUGUCUCUCUCUUUCAAAUCCUAUCAAGAACAAUGGAAGCCCACUUCUUUGUCUCGCUUCUCUCUCUUAUUCUCCUCUCACUACCACCUUUUUUUACCUCAGCAAACAAAGACACCCAAAACCUUAUCAACUUCAAGACAACUCUCUCUAACCCAUCUCUCCUACAAAACUGGCUUCCUAACCAAAACCCAUGUAUCUUCACUGGAGUUAAAUGCCAAGAAACCACUAACAGAGUCUCCUCUAUAGACCUCACUAACAUGUCUUUAACUUGUGAUUUCCAUCCUGUGGCCGCAUUCCUUUUGACUCUUGAAAACUUAGAGAGCCUUUCUUUGAAAUCAGCGAACAUUUCUGGCACUAUUUCUUUCCCUUUUGGAUCUAAGUGCAGCUCAGUUUUGAGCAACUUAGAUCUAUCUCAGAAUAGUCUCUCCGGUUCGGUCUCUGAUAUAGCCGCUUUACGCUCUUGUCCAGCCUUGAAAUCCUUGGGCCUUUCUGGCAACUCCAUUGAGUUUUCAGUGCCUAAAGAUAAAUCAAGUGGGCUAAGAGGGCUCAGCUUUACGUUUAUUGAUCUUUCUUUCAAUAAGAUUGCAGGCUCAAACGUGGUGCCUUUCAUUUUAUCUGGAGGCUGCAAUGACUUGAAGUACUUGGCUUUGAAGGGAAAUAAAGUGAGUGGAGAUGUUGAUUUUUCAAGUUGCAAGAAUCUGCAGUAUCUUGAUGUCUCUUCAAACAAUUUCUCUGUGACUGUUCCUUCAUUUGGCGACUGCUUAGCUUUGGAGCACCUUGAUAUCUCUUCCAAUAAGUUUUAUGGUGAUCUUGGUCGUGCAAUUGGUGGCUGUGUUAAGCUCAACUUCUUGAAUGUUUCAAGCAACAAGUUUUCAGGUCCAAUUCCAGUGUUUCCAACUGGGAAUUUGCAGUCUCUUUCACUUGGCGGCAACCAUUUUGAGGGGGGGAUUCCUCUGCAUCUCAUGGAUGCUUGCCCAGGUCUUGUUAUGCUUGAUCUUUCUUCAAACAAUCUCUCUGGUUCUGUCCCUAAUAGUUUUGGUUCCUGCACUUCAUUGGAAAGUUUUGAUAUUUCUACCAACAACUUCACUGGUGAAUUGCCUUUUGAUACUUUCUUGAAAAUGACUAGUCUGAAGAGGCUUGAUUUGGCAUAUAAUGCUUUUAUGGGUGGCUUGCCUGAUUCUUUAUCACAGCAUGCUAGUUUGGAGUCUUUAGAUCUGAGUUCUAAUAGUUUAUCUGGGCCAAUCCCUGCUGGCUUGUGUCAAGGUCCAAGUAACAACUUCAAAGAGUUGUAUCUUCAAAACAAUAGGUUUACCGGGUCUAUUCCUGCCACCCUCAGCAACUGCUCUCAACUUACAGCACUCCAUUUGAGCUAUAACUGCCUCACUGGAAGUAUCCCUUCGAGCUUGGGAACGCUGAAUAAGCUUCGCGAUUUGAACCUUUGGUUCAACCAGCUCCAUGGAGAAAUCCCACUUGAGUUGAUGAACAUAAAAGCACUGGAGACUCUGAUUCUAGACUUCAAUGAGUUGACAGGAGUGAUACCUUCAAGUAUAAGCAACUGCACUAACCUUAACUGGAUCUCAUUGUCUAACAAUCGAUUAAGUGGUGAGAUUCCAGCAUCAAUUGGCCAGCUUUGGAGCCUUGCAAUUCUCAAACUGAGCAACAAUUCGUUCCAUGGUAGAAUCCCGCCAGAGCUUGGAGACAGUCGUAGCUUGAUUUGGUUGGAUCUUAAUACCAAUUUUUUGAACGGAACAAUCCCACCUGAGCUGUUCAAACAGUCUGGCAGUAUUGCUGUGAAUUUUAUCAGAGGAAAGAGGUAUGUGUAUCUGAAGAAUGAAAAGAGUGAACAGUGUCACGGGGAGGGAGAUUUGCUUGAAUUUGCCGGAAUAAGAUCGGAACACCUGGUUAGAAUCUCCAGCAGGCACCCCUGCAACUUUACCAGAGUAUAUGGAGAUUACACCCAACCCACAUUCAAUGAUAAUGGGUCAAUGAUCUUCCUUGAUCUUUCUUACAAUAUGUUAUCUGGCAGUAUUCCAGCAGCGAUUGGGAGUAUGUCUUACCUCUAUAUCUUGAACUUGGGCCAUAAUAAUCUCUCCGGAAACAUUCCACAAGAGAUUGGAAAGUUGACUGGUCUUGACAUUCUCGACCUCUCCAACAAUAGGCUCGAAGGGAUGAUUCCCCAGUCAAUGACUGUCCUUUCAUUGCUUUCAGAGAUUGAUAUGUCCAACAAUCACCUCACUGGAAUUAUUCCUGAAGGGGGCCAGUUUCAAACAUUUUUAAAUCGCAGUUUCCUCAACAAUUCAGGCCUCUGUGGGAUACCUCUUCCUCCAUGUGGGUCGGGCUCAGCAUCAAGCUCGAGUUCUGGGCAUCACAAGUCUCAUAGGAGACAGGCAUCCCUGGCAGAGAGUGUGGCAAUGGGAUUGUUGUUCUCACUUUUCUGCUUCUUUGGUUUGAUUAUUGUUGCUCUGGAAAUGAAGAAGCGGAAGAAAAAGAAAGAGGCAGCCCUUGAUAUCUAUAUAGACAGCCGCUCACACUCUGGCACCACAAAUACUGCCUGGAAGCUGACGGCUCGUGAAGCAUUAAGCAUCAGUCUCGCCACAUUUGAUUCGAAGCCCCUGCGGAAGCUCACUUAUGCGGAUCUUCUUGAAGCAACGAAUGGCUUCCACAAUGACAGCCUCAUAGGCUCUGGAGGUUUUGGUGACGUAUACAAGGCAGAACUGAAAGAUGGAAGCGUUGUAGCCAUCAAGAAACUGAUACAUAUCAGUGGACAAGGUGAUAGAGAAUUCACUGCUGAAAUGGAGACCAUUGGCAAAAUCAAGCACGAUAACCUUGUUCCACUCCUUGGUUACUGCAAGGUCAGAGAAGAGAGACUCUUGGUGUACGAGUACAUGAAAUAUGGCAGUUUAGAAGACGUUCUACACAACCAAAAGAAAACAGGGAUCAAACUGAACUGGGCUGCAAGAAGGAAGAUUGCCAUUGGUGCCGCCAAAGGAUUAACUUUUCUUCACCAUAAUUGCAUCCCACUGAUCAUUCACAGGGACAUGAAAUCUAGCAAUGUCUUGCUUGAUGCGAACUUGGAGGCCAGAGUCUCCGAUUUCGGAAUGGCAAGGCUUAUGAGUACAAUGGAUACUCAUUUGAGUGUUAGCACACUAGCAGGCACGCCUGGUUAUGUUCCUCCCGAAUACUACCAGAGCUUUAGGUGUUCCAUCAAAGGGGAUGUUUACAGUUAUGGUGUAGUCUUGCUUGAGUUGCUGACAGGAAAAAGGCCAACAGAUUCAUCUGAUUUUGGUGACAAUAAUCUUGUUGGGUGGGUGAAGCAGCAUGCCAAAUUGAGAAUAAGCGAUGUCUUCGAUCCGGUGCUUUUAAAAGAGGAUCCGAGCCUUGAGAUGGAGCUCCUACAACAUUUAAAGGUAGCUUGUGCUUGUUUAGAUGAUCGAUCAGGUAGAAGACCCACAAUGAUUCAAGUAAUGACGAUGUUUAAAGAAAUCCAAGCAGGGUCAGGCCUUGACUCACAAUCCACAAUCGCCACUGAAGAUGGGGGUUUUAGUGCAGAUGAAAUGGUAGAGAUGAGCAUAAGAGAAGGCCCAUAGCUAAGCAAGCAGUAGGUAAACAAGUCCUGUCGAUUUUCCAGUGAAUUCAAAACACAGGAAAGCAGAAAGAAGGUGGUGGUGAUCACUGAAAUGAUUCAUUCAGCUCCAACGAAAUUUUCCUUCUUCUUCAACACUUGAAAUGGCAUAAAACUGCCUGCCUGCUUGAUCGGCUUCUACAAUUUGAUGUAUGUAUCAUGUCUUGUAUCCCUCCCAGCAAACUCUUCGUUAUUUUAUACAUAAAAAAGGUUGUUUAACUUGUGAAAAAUAUGUAAAUAUACAGUCUCGUCUGUUGUUAAGCUGCUUUGGUUUUUUGUUAAAUCUUCUGUUACAAACCAACCUCGAAAUAUAGAGCCUGCUGGGCUGGUUAUCUGUGA